AUGUUCGCCGCCACCCGCUCCGUGGUGUUCGUUACGCUGUUCGGCGCCCUCGCCCUCGCGGCCGCCGUGAAGCGCGUCGACGUCGCGCGCGGCACGUGCUACGACGCCAGGGAUAACGCUUGCGGCUUGACGGACUCCAACACCGACCACGGCAUCGCUUUCAGUCGCGAGUUCGAGAACGACAGCAUCAGCACCGACGACAGCAACAACGGCUGGUCGGGUUUUGACGGGGAGGGUCAGAACAACGGCAAAGCGGGUGCAGGCGAGGAUCGAUAA